CAAUCCAAAUUUCUGUCAUGAUCACAUCUGACGUCUGAUACUGCUCGCUUCCGCUUAUCUACUACAGAGCAUAAACAAAGAAACAUCAAUUGAAAGAGUUUUAUCUAAAGUCCCAAGAGCAAUGAAUCGUAUAUAGAAGGCAGCUAAGGUCCCAAAAGCAACGAGCCGUAUCUAGAAGGCAGUUGAGAUCCCAAGAGCAACGAGUCGUAUCUAGAAGACAGAAAGUGAUCGUUUUAAAUUUAAAAAUGGAAGCCGAAAGUGUCAUGGUCACCGGUGCAAAUCGUGGAAUUGGUUUGGAAUUUGUGAAGCAAUUAGUAAAACUGCCAAAACCACCGCGUUUCGUAUUUGCCACCUAUAGGAAUGAAAAUUCCAUACAAGAUCUCAAAGACAUACAAGAGAAGUGCAAAGAAACGCAAGUGGUCUUGAUCCAAAUGGAUAUUUCAAACUGUAACGACAUUGAAAAGGCCAAAAAAGUCAUUGAAGAGAAAGUUGGAGACAAAGGGCUCAAUCUUUUGAUAAACAACGCGGGAGUGGGGAUAGAUCUAGGUUUUCCCGAAAUAACAGAAGAGAAUAUGCUGUUUCAUUUCAACACUAAUACAGUUGGACCUGUCAUUUUUUUAAAGACAAUACUUCCGCUUCUGCAAAAAUCAGCAACUCGGGAUACCUCUGGCAUGAAAGUUUCCAGAGCAGCAGUCGUCAACAUAUCAUCCUUGAUGGGAUCGAUCACUGAACUCACUGAUUCGCAAUCUAAAGAAUUGUUAAAAGCGUUUAGUUACAGGAUCAGUAAGACUGCUCUAAACAUGGCCAUGCGAGUGAUUGCCCUCACAAUCAAGGACCAAGGUGUCCUGGUGGUGAACAUGUGCCCCGGCUGGGUGAAGACGGACAUGGGCACCGAACAUGCUACGUUGGAGCCCUCCGAGAGCAUUUCUGCCAUGCUAAACACUUUCUCCAACUUGAACGAAUCUCAUCAUGGAGCUUUCCUGGACAGAAACGGAAAUACCUAUCCAUUUUGAAAAGUGGAUUUUAAUGCUUCUUUUCUGUCUCAAAAUAAGACGAAUGCCAGUGAAGAAGUUAAUUACAUGGAAAUAAAAUUGGAAAAUAAAAUAGAAUUUAAAUUUU